GAUGUACCGGCUGUAGGAUUUGAACGGAAAGCUCGGCGGUUUGGAGGAAGAGCUGGGAUAGUCUCCUGCAACCCCCUUGUGACUCUGAUGAGGAUAAGCAGUUUAAAGAGCGAGGUGCUAUCUAUUUUGUACAGCUUUGUUUAUGUAGAUACAGAAACCAUGCAUUAAAAGGUUGGUGUAGUCUUCAUGGCAGAGGUAAUGGAGGGGGGUGCAGCAGCUGCUACUGUGCCUGGUGCCAGCGUGGAUUGGCAGAAGAGAUGCGUUGCACUUGAGAUGCAGCUUCUCCGCUUUCGCCUGCAAGCAGGCAAAAUCCGACAGCUGCUGGCUGAGAAGAUGCAAGAGCUGGAGCAGAGAGUGACUGAGGCUGACCAGCGGGCUGAUAACGCUGAGAAAAAAGUACAAAUAAUGGAAGAGAAGCUGAAAUCAGUGAACAUACAUCCCAGCGAAUCAGAAAACUCCCUGUACAGACGAUAUCAGGAGCUGAUCAGUCAAAUACAGGAGAAAGACAUGAUUAUAAAGACUCUCGAAGCACAGCUGGAAAAACAGAAUUUGGUUCGAGCCCAAGAAGCCAAGACAAUAGAAGAGAAAGCAGCCAAAAUUAAAGACUGGGUUACAUUUAAGCUACGGGAGAUGGAGGUGGAGAACCAGCAGUUGAAAAUGUCCAACUUGAAGCAGACUGAGCAGAUCGUCCUGCUACAAGACAAACUUCAAACUUUACUAGAGAGGCCCACACCUCCUGGUUCUCCCAGAUCUCCAUCAUUGGAUGCUCAGCUAGUGCCCUCCAGCCCUCUGCACAGCUCAAGUGGCUCUGGAACACCCACUACACAGGAUGAGAGCUGCAGGCUAACAGGCUUCCGCAAACAAUGCUCCAGUACUACUAGAGAUUGCAAGAGGAAGGCACCGGAGGCUUUGGACCCUACUCCCCAGAAUGCAUCUGAACGUCUGACCCAACCUAACAAAAAGGAUGGGACUUUGAAGCACAGUACAGACAGAGGAGUCACAGCAAGUAUAACAAAGAUGACUGACAGGAGGGAGGGGGUGGAGCUAUCUGCCGUCGUCCCACGUGAGAGAGCAGGAGGUGGAGCUUCAGACAAAGACCACUCCUCUGAUGAGCUCAACAGCAAGUUCCGCUCUCAACGCCUUCUUUCAUCUUCAUCCUCGUCUUCCUCUUCUUCCUCAACAUACGAAACCCCUGGCCCUUGUGGCUUUGACACUCCCACCCCCAAAAGUUCUCCUCCUGUGGGCGUUUCUCCAUCUAUGAGCCCUCAGUUAGACCCCACUCCUAUAGUUUUACUGUCUGGCACCAGUAUGACCCUGCCUAAGGUGCGCACCCCUUUGAUACCCCGCGACAGCAUUCAGCUUCUCAAAAAGCACCACAGUCAGCCACAGCCGGGUCUGGAGCGGCUCCACUAUGUUAACGUCACUAUAGACAUUGGAUCCUCCACGUCCACGUACUGUCGCAGUCUGGUCCAGGGUUCUGCAUCCACACUGGGGGUUGAGGAGACAGACAUUGAUGAGGGACAUCCUGAAAGCAUGGAGGGGGUGGUUGAAGGAUCCAUGGUUGAAGCGGCACCCCACGAUGGAGUCUCAUUUGUGGGGUUGGCAGAAGAGCUGGAGAUGUUGGACCCUCAGUCUCUGAAACCUCCUACUCCACCUCUGCACCGCUUUCCUUCCUGGGAGAGUCGUAUCUAUGCAGUGGCAAAAUCUGGAAUGAGAGUUUCAGAAGCCAGUCCUGGAGCCAGGAGUAUGGGAAGAAGUAGAGGCCAGGUCUUGUUUGAUGUCACUUCCUGAGUGAAAACACCUCAUGGCCAUUCAUUUUCUAUUUCAACCCUCCCUCAGUACCCUGCGGCAGGUCCCUUUAGCCAUCUCAUUUACAAGAACAUCAGCGUUCCUGUUUACUCCACACUGAAGGGGAAAGCCACUCAGAUCAGCAGUGUUCCUCUACCUGAUGAUGACUCUGGCUCAGAGGAUGACAACAGCUCACUCGCCAGUUUGCGCACCUCAAGUGUGGGGCCGGAGAAGAAGAGCAGUACACCGGGGAGUCCUCGCGCUGUGAAAAGAGGUGUGUCCAUGUCCUCGAUCAGUUCGGAGAGUGAUUACGCAAUCCCUCCAGAUGCCUACUCACUGGACAGUGACUACUCUGAGCCUGAGCAGAAAGUUCAACGUACUUCAUCCUAUUCCUGCGAGAGUGUUGGACCUGAGACUCUGGAAAAGUCUGGCUACCUGCUGAAGAUGGGAAGCCAGGUCAAGGCAUGGAAGAGGCGCUGGUUCAUUCUGCGCAAUGGAGAGAUUCUGUAUUAUAAAUCACCUAGUGAUGUGAUCCGGAAGCCUCAAGGCCAGAUCGAACUCAACUCUUCAUGUCGGAUUGCCCGAGGAGAGGGAGCACAGACGUUUCAGUUGAUCACAGAGAAGAAGACUUUCUACCUGACUGCAGACUCCCCCAACAUCCUGGAAGAAUGGAUUAGAGUUCUCCAGAAUAUACUGAAAGUUCAGGCCAGUGGACCAAUCUCCACAGAGACACAAGCCAAGCCGACAGUACGUGGCUGGCUAACUAAGGUCAAACAUGGUCAUUCAAAGCUUGUAUGGUGCGCCCUAAUAGGAAAAGUUUUCUACUACUAUCGUAACCAGGAUGACAAGUUCCCACUGGGUCAGCUUUAUGUGCGGGAGGCGCGGGUCGAGGAGGUAGACAGGUCAUGUGACUCCGACGAGGACUAUGAAGCAGGUGGUCGGGGCUUCCUCUCUUCACACUGUACGCUAGUGGUCCAUCCAAAAGAGCAAAGCCCCACCUACCUGCUCAUCGGCACCAAGCAGGAAAAGGAUACCUGGUUGUACCACCUGACUGUAGCUGCAGGUAGCUGCGCUAGCCUAAAGGUGGGCACUGAGUACGAGCAGCUGAUUGGCAAGCUACUCGAUGUGGACGGAGACCCAGACUCCCCUCUGUGGAAUCAUGAGGUGCUGUGCUACAGUAAGGAGGGUUUGCGUUCCCCACUGACCACACUGCCCUCUGAGGCCCUUCAAACUGAGGCUCUCAAACUCUUCAAGUCAUGCCAGCUGUUUAUCAAUGUGCUAGUGGAGGCACCCUCUAUAGACUAUCACACUUCAUUGGCCCAGAGUGCACUGCAGGUGUGUCUGACUCACACAGAGCUGCAGAAUGAGAUCUACUGUCAGCUGAUAAAACAGACCAACCGACGCACGCCAACCAACUACUCUCUUACACAGUGCUGGCAGCUGUUGUCUGUGUGUGUGGCUCUUUUCCUGCCUCAGCAUCGCUUCCUGUGGUACCUGAGACAGUACCUACAGAGAAAUGCCGAUCCAAAAAGCGAGGUUGGAAAGUAUGCAGUGUACUGUCAGCGGUCAGUGGAGAGAGUAUUACAGAACGGGGAGAGAGAGGCCAAGCCUUCCCGCAUGGAGAUUGUGUCUAUUUUGCUGAGAAACCCUUACCACCACUCCUUACCUUUUAGCAUACCUGUCCACUUUAUGAACAACACCUACCAGGUGGUGGGGUUUGAUGGUUCCACGACGGUGGAGGAGUUUGUGAACACACUGAACCAGAGAGCAGGCAUGAGGAAGCCCCAAAUCUCUGGUUUUGCCCUCUUCACUGAUGAUCCCUUAGAAAAAGACCUUGAACACUGCCUCCAACCUAGUGCCAAGAUUUGUGAUGUGAUCUCAAAAUGGGAACUGGCCCUGAAAGAACUCCAACCUGGAAAGUGUGAGGGGACACGCAUUGUGCGUUUAACAUAUAAAAGCAGACUGUGUUUCCGAGCACAGGCUAAAGGGGAGACGGAGCGAGAACGCCUCCUGCUGGCCUAUCAAGUAAAUGAAGAAGUGCAUCAAGGCCACUUCCCAGUUAACAAGGAGCUGGCACUGGAGGUGGCUGCACUAAUGGCCCAGGUGGAACAUGGCGAUUUGGAUCGAACACCGGCGUCUCCCAGUGGCUCUCCUCAGCCUAAGAUUCAUCAGAUCCUGUUGCAAGUGCUGGACCGCUUCUACCCCAAACACUACAGACAGGACUGCAAGAUGGAGCAACUUAGGGAGCUGGCCGAGAGGCUGGCUGCUAAGUGGUCUGUCUUGCGUGGGUGCACCGCUGCUGAAUGUGUAAGAAUCUACUUAACAGUGGCUCGCAAAUGGCCACUGUUUGGGGCCAAGCUAUUCAGUGCUAAACCACUGCCUCCCUCUCUGUUGGAGCAGAAACAAGUGUGGCUUGCUGUCAGUGAGGAUGGUUUAAGUGUAUUAGACUACAGCAUGCACUUAUUGGUUACGUAUUCAUACCAGUCUGUGAUCACCUUUGGUGGGUGCAAGGAGGACUUCAUGGUGGUGGUCAGCCAGAAUAAAGACCAGACUUUAGGGAAGAGAACUGUGGAGAAGCUCACUUUUGCAAUGGCUAAACCAAAGAUUCUGGAGCUGACUUUGCUGAUGGCCAGUUAUAUCAACUGUACGAUGGGUGCAUCAGGGAGCCAGACACCAUCCUGUACACCAGGCUCCAGAGAAAACAAAAAGCUGUGGGAUGUUGAGAACAGACACUUCCCUUCAAUGACAUACACAACCAAAGGACCAACACUUCUAUGAGGGUCUAUUGUAUCUGAACGUAUGGGACGACUGGUACAAAUGGUAAAAAAGGGAUCAGAAGGUGAAGUCUGUAUUUAGUUUCUCGGGGCUGUAUGCAGGAUUUUAGAUAUAAAAAGAGAUGGAUGAAGGUCAAGCAGUUCUUUCUGUAUAAGCUACACAUUCCUUGGACUCCUACUCUCUGGUAGAGAGAUUUCAGGGUUACUUAAAACUUGAAAACUGACACUACAUGGUUAAUAAUAACAUUAACAGGUUAUUCUGUUAGCAGUGUAACAGUAUGCAUAUCGAUAUAGAAUAUUUCUAAUACCAUGGUUGCAAAUGUGAAGAAUACAGACCGCAUGUUUCUAUCUAAAAUCUCUACUGUAUAUCUGCAAUUUUACUUUCUUUCUACAGUCUAAAAGUAUGCCCUAAUAAUUUAACAACAUUCUUUUACAAUAUCAUAAUAGCUUAAAUUAACUUUUUUUCGUUACAACAGUGUUUGCUUCUAUGGGGAAAGAUGCAUUUUGAGACAUCGUAUAUGGCAUCUGUAAUGGCCACGGAGGCAUCAAAGCAACGACUGGUCCAUUGGAACCUGUUUUCUUAAUAUAAUAUAAAUCAACAGGCAUGCAUCAUUAAUCCGUAGAAAACAUGGCACCACAAUGCGCUAAUGGACAAUCCAUCAGAUGCCAUAGCCUUUAUGUCUUAUGUCUCUAGGGCAGUGAUAGCUCAGUGGUUAAGGUACUGGACCAGUAAUCAGAAGGUUGCCAGUUCAAGCCCCACCACCGCCAAGUUGCCACUGUUGGGCCCCUGAGCAAGUCCCUUAAACCUCAAUUGCUCAAAAAUUGUGUUCAGUCAUUACUGUAAGUCGCUUUGGAUAAAAGCAUCUGCUAAAUGCCGAAAAUGUAAAUGUCUUCUGGAAUCUUCAAGUCUUGGCCACUCAACAGCCUGGCACUGUGGUUUAUUCCUCCUUGCACUCGUGCACCAGUGUGAUUGGAUACUUACCAAAGCUGCAUGUGAGCAACACUUGCUGUUUCUGAGAUACUUCAACAUAGUUGCCUGGUGGAGAUGAUUUGGUCCUUAUCAAAGCCAUUCAAGUGUUUAUGUCUGCCCAUAUGUGCUGCCUACAGCAUGUGUGCUAUAGGUGUAAGACCCCUCGACCUUUUGUGCUUUUUUUGUGUUGUAGUUUUGAUUUUUAAUCUACUUUUAAUCAUGCAUAAUGACAAAUGUGAGUUAUUGUCAUGUUGAACGUACCUCCCUGACCACCGUACCUCCUUUCUUGGAUAAAUUAACCCUCCUAGAGUUUGUCUUCUGAACAAAUUAGGCUAAGUUGUACCAAGCUCUUUGCAUUUCACAAUUAUUUCACUGUGGUCACUGUGAUCAUUGUAACUCUUAAAGGAUUAGAUACUGUUUUAUAUCCAGUGAUGUUUUUUUCCUGACAAUGCAGUGUAAAUUGUGAGCCCUUACAGACCCAGGUGUGCGCCUUUCCAAACUAUGUCCAAUCAAUUUAAAUUGCUACAGGUGAACUUUGAGUGUUGAUGAUACUACAUCAAGGGGUCUUUUAUGUAAGUGAUUAAAAAUCACUUAGAAACUGAAAUCUUAGUUUUUGAAAGCUGUAAAAAAAUUUUCCCUUUCCCUAUUUUAAAAACGACAGAUCAUUUAAAUUAUUAAUUUAUUUAAAUCCAUAACACAAUGAAGCGUGCAAAAAGUCAAGGUGUCUAAGUACUUUCUAAACUCAUCUUUUUUUUAGCAAAUUAUCAGUGGGUGGAGAGUCUCUCGUUUCAGAGAGACAUUUUUUAAACCAAUUAACCCUUCUCUCAAGCACACAGUUCAGAAGCAAGAAUAAUUCAGACUUAGGCAAAGGCAGCCUGCCUAAAAUUAAUGAUCACGACUUGAAGGCUUAAGAUGGUGCAAUGAAGCGUUACCCACAUUGCAUAAACAUAAUAUGUUUACAAACUCCAGUUGCAGAGAAAAAGUUGUAAAACAGUGUUCCGACCCUGAGGCGGAUCUAGAGUUAAAUGGAGUGGCAAACAUUUGUAGGAGGAGAACACACCCAGCUACCUAUGAAAAGCUCACUUGAUUUAUAUUUGUAUCUUUAUUAAAGGUAUUUAUUACAUGCUGAAACAGUACAGUAUAUAUAGUGUAUUAAAGAAAACAAACACAGCCAAGAGCAAAGGAAAUUAAUUAUUUACAGCAUUCACAGAUCACACUGUUUACACAAUAGAAACUGAACUAUGGACGGCACAAAAGCAAUUUGCCCUAUCUAAGUUUUGUAAAUUCUUCUAUAAAAACUGAAUCAAAAGAACUAACUACAUUAGUGUUUCUACUAGAAAUUAAAAAAUACAUGGGUCCCUCCCUUGUGUCUUGACAGAGAAAUUGUACCUACAUGGUGUAACAUAUAGACAUGCCCCUGCUUACCUGUGCAGAAUCUACCAGUGCAAAAAAUGAAUAAAAACAGCAAAAUCAUACAAUAUAAUCUAAACCACCUCAUUACACAUUUAAAAAAAAAAAAAAGUGGAUUAUGAAAAAUAAAAGUGAACACCAACACAGGUAAAGUUAUUAUAUUUUACAGUAAAAUAUAAUAGAAAAUAUUUUACUGUAAAAUUUACAGUCUGGAAAAUCAGUCCAUGCCCAUUACAGAGGCAAAGCAGUAGGUGUCCGUAGCGAAGGACCAUAUUUUUCUUAAGGAGCGAUGUCACGCCAAAACGGAUGAUGUUUUGAGGAGAUUUUUUCUAUUUUAUUUAUGCAUUUUCUCCCAUUUUCACCAAAUUUAGCAUAGUCCAUUUGUCUUCCGCUGCUGGAGGAUCCCUGAUUGCAGUCGAGGUGGGUAUACCCACAUAGUCGAGUCAUUCCCCCCCCUAGCAGAGAUGUGUCUGCUGCAGGCACUGCCAAUCAUGACCGCUAGAUGGCGCCCAGCCGACCGGUGGCAAUGCUGAGUUUCGAACCGAGGAGUUCAGAAUCUCUGCACUGGUGUGCUAGCGGAAUAUCCUGCUGCUCCACCUGGGCGCUGUUAAAACAGUUUUACAAUUAGAGCCCAUGUCUGUUUUGUUUUGUGGAAAAUAUCUGUGCAAACCAGUUUAUAGUUAACAUUCAGGUAGAAAUAUUGACUACAAUGCUGGAAAUGUGUAGCUAUUCAAGCUUUAUUGCUGGUGAAGGAAAAAUAGUUUGUAAGCAGAUGACAUGCUUGACUUCUUAGAAUGUCUAAAGCGGUACAGAUAAUGGUACAGAUAAUGUAAUAAUAUACUGGAUAAUGGUGAAGUACUUGUAACUGGACAGCCUUAGGUAAUCCAUAUAAUUUCAGGAUAUUAAACAAUCAGUUUAUUCCCCCAAUUGAAAUCAUGUGGAUAAAUUCAGGGUUUGGUUUCUUUACAUGCAUAUUAAAGUUGUUUUUUCUAUGUUCUUGUAUAAAUUUAACAGACUAUCUAGGUUGUUGUUAAAGGUUUACCUGAGCCACAGUUACAACCUUGAUCUUAACAUUGUAGUAGAACAUAAAGGUUUUAAGAAAUUGCACACAAAUAAUGGUACCUUAUGCAACUUUUAGCAUGAGCUGAAGGUUUGUAUUAAAUAACAAAUGUAAAUGUUACAUAACAAAAUGUAUAUAGACACAGCAUGACUGUGCAGUAAUUUCAGACAGGGAGGUUGAUCUUCCCUAUGUGCUAGCGUAGGAAUUAACCUGGAAAAGAGCUAAACAAAUACUAUAAGUGACUUGAAAACUUUAAUGGAUCAAACCACUGUUUAAGUUUUUAAUAUUUAUGUGUUUGAGGAAUGUCUCGGCUUUUGCUAAAAUUCAGCUUGCUUUGCUAAAUCAGUUCUCGGUACGUUGUUUUUAUUAUUUUUUUUAUGUGAUGUAAAUGCAUUAAAUAUUUCAUGCAUGGAUGGAUUAUGUUAAAAUAAAACAAUGGUCUUUUAAAAUAA